ACUUCGACCUUUGCAUCUUGAACCUCAGACAUUUUGAGUCGAACUUGGACAUUUUGAGUGACCAGUGCCUCAGAACUAGUGCUGCAUCAUGGAUGCUUUCAUUGAAUCCCUCAAUCAGCCAUUAUCUCCAGAUGCUCUUGACCUUCCUGUGACCUUCAACAUGUCACCUCAUGACCUUCUGGAUGAGGUUAUCUCACAGACAUUAAAAGAUGAGCUGCCGGACCGUGAGUCUUUAUCAGAGUAUGAGUGUUCAGCCACACUGACAGAUUAUGGAAGUCCAACAGAAUCAUGUGUGUGGGGAUCAUUUAAUGACAAUAGUGCUAGUGAUUUAAACUUUGACAUUGAAAACUUUGCUACGAGUGUCGGGUCAUCACCUACUGAAGUGCCCCCUGGUGAAACUGUUAACUUUAAUGAGCAGACAACUCCAGCGAGAAACCUGAAGAAUCUGUCGCUGACCUCGUGUGAGCCAGUCUACAACAGUCCUGGUAUAGACAGUCGCUUUAAUGACUCACUGACCGGACUGCUGGGCAGUCCACCACCAGACAGUCCCCUCGCCAACAAUCCAUUCUUCAGUGACCUUCAGGCCAUCCUGGUCAACGACUGUCGUGAAGACAUGCUGCCACAGUCGCUGCUAGCAACUAUGACGACCCAACCACAAUCCAAUGUUUUUACUCGUGAGCAGGAUCUACAGGAAAGUUUCAACCAACUGACAGACAGGUUUCCAGAGGAUGUUAACCAGUUGUCUAGCUUCUACCGUUACCAGGCUGCUCUGGUGGAGACAGAACGUUUCCGCUCACUACAUACACAGAAGUACGCCCCCGACUACCAGCGGUCACUCAACUUUCACUAUGAUUCCCAACUCCAUCAGAUCAUGACACGAGUAGAACAGAGUCUGGCUUUGUUACAGGAGUCAUCCACCAGCCCAUGUUCCAGUCGGGUAAUUAAGCCACGCCCCCUCUUGUCUAAGAAGUCAGUGAAAGUGAUGGAGGAUUGGUAUAAAGAUCAUUUAGAGCAUCCCUACCCGACCGGAUCCACUGUGGAGUUACUCGCAGAAAGAGGUAGAAUCAGCUGUGAGCAGGUGAAAAAGUGGUUCGCCAACAAGAGAAACAGGUCCAACAAUACUCGCACACUCACAGAGAUUGCCAAGGCUAAGAGGAAACGUCAGAUGGCUGUUCUGUAAACUCACAGAGAUGUCCAAGGCUAAGAGGAAACGUCAGAUGGCUGUUCUGUAAACUCACCGAGAUGUCCAAGGCUAAGAGGAAAUGUCAGAUGGCUGUUCUGUAAACUCACCGAGAUUUCCAAGGCUAAGAGGAAACGUCAGAUGGCUGCUCUGUAAACUCACCGAGAUUUCCAAGGUUAAGAGAAAUGCAGAGGGCUGCUCUGUAAACUCACCAAGAUUUCCAAGGCUAAGAGAAAUGUCAGAGGGCUGCUCUGUAAACUCACCGAGAUUUCCAAGGCUAAGAGAAAUGUCAGAGGGCUGCUCUGUAAACUCACCGAAAUGUCAAAGGCUAAGAGAAACGUCAGAUGGCUGCUCUGUAAACUCACCGAGAUUUCCAAGACUAAGAGAAAUGUCAGAGGGCUGCUCUGUAAAACCUUCUGGGACAAUUCCAAAACUAUAGGACUCUAACAUUUGUGAUCUACAAUAUGUGACUAGUUAUUCAUUGGAAUGUUGCCAAUUUAAAAGACUAUACAACCAAUACCAUGGAAAUCUACCUAAGACUAGUAUAGAGCUCAGACUAUAUUACCAAGUGUAUAUAGGCUAUCAAGAAAAAAAGUGCUAUGUACAUAUCAUUCUAUAAACAGUGUUGAUUACAACAAAUUGUGCAAACACCAAAAAUAACCACAUUUGUGUCAAACAACAUUGUUACUUUAUUUUGUGUAUAAAUAUUAA